AUGGUAUCGUCUACUCCAUUCCCCCCGCCUCCAGGAAUUACCCCAAAUUCGCAGGCCCCAUAUCAUGCAGCCGGGCUCGUGGCGGUUAUAUGCGUCUUCGUUCCUCUGGCUAUAAUAGCGGUCUCCGUUCGGACUUUCACUAGAUCUAGAAUCGUCCGAAUCUUUGCCGCUGAUGAUUAUGUUAUGAUAUUUGCUCUGUUGACCUCAAUUGCCUUAACGGGAUGUAUUCUGAAUUUACUCGACUAUGGACUCGGAAAACAUCUGUAUGAUGUGCCACUUGACGAUUUGUAUCCCAAUUUUUUAAAGAUUAACGUCAUUGCUGCUAUGCUUUUCUGUGCUGCAACUGGUAUGGCAAAGACGUCCGUUCUUCUCUUCUACCGACGCAUAUUUCCGUCUCGGAAGUUUCAUUGUGUUAUCUGGUGUCUGGUUGCAUUCACAUUUUGCUAUUCGUCUGCAAGUGUUCUGGCGAACUUAUUUAGCUGCCGUCCUAUAUCUGCGUCCUGGGAUAUUCAAUAUGCAGGAACAGCAAAAUGCAUGAAUAGGCCUGUGUUUUAUUUCGCACAGGCAGGUUUGGGCAUUGUAACGGACUUUGCAACUGUCAUUGCACCUCUUCCAAUGAUGUGGAACUUACAGAUCCCUAUCAGGCAGAAAAUUGGAGUCGGGGGUAUAUUGAUAAUGGGAAGCUUCGUUUGUGUCGUUAGUAUCAUCCGCCUAAAGUCUUUAUACGUAUUGCUCAAGGGCACUGAUCUCACCCUUGACACAGUCGAUGCCCUGCUCUGGUGUGUUAUCGAGCUUAACCUUAGUAUCGUCGGUGGAUGUGCCCCGACCCUAAGACCUUUUAUGCGAAAAUAUUGUCCCAAAGUAUUGGGAAGUUCGGGGCGCAUGUACGGUAGUGGAGAUGCGCAUCACGGAAAAGGCCAUUCAUAUCCUCUUAAAAGUCAUGAUAAAUCAACUCCGGCAACGAAGGAUAACAAGUCGCGAUUAAGAAUUCCGGGAGGUAGUACAGUCACGGGCGAGAACGAAAGCGAGGAAUUCAUCAUUGGACAAAAGAGCAAUUCGCGAGAAGAUUCAGAGUAUGGAGGAAUAGUUAGGAUCGUGGACUUUGGAUACGAAGAGGGAGCUGAACCAAAAGAGAGAUAA